GAGCAGCAACACUAACCAGUACAGACAGACAUGAGCCAGACCAACGGCGUCAUCCCGAUGGAGCUCCGCUGCACGUACCGCAGCAAGCCGUGCCCGAACGAGCGCGCGCGCAAGCGCAACGGCACGCUGCACAAGCUCUGCCAGACACAUCGCAUCAAGGCGAACAAGACCCAGCGAGACAUGCAACGUCGCCUGCGCGAGCAGCGGCGCCAGGAGCAGCUCGAACGCCAGCUCGCAGCCAUGCAGUUCAACGGUGAGGAGUUCCAGGCCAUUGAGCUACUCGACGAGUUCCUCAAGACCGACAUUCCUCUGGAGCUCGACACGGACACGGAGCUCGACAAGUGGGACGUGCUGCCUGAAAUCCCGGACAUCCCCGAGCCGCUCGAAGAGCCCGUGGACUUGAACCCCGAAGACAUCGAGCUGCUGGUGGCGCUGCUCGGCACGAGUCGCACCUCGUAA